AUUGAACGAAGUAGGAAACUAACGAUGGAGGAAGCGAAGGGAUUGGUGAAGCAUGUGCUGCUUGCCAAGUUCAAAGACGAAACCCCGCCUGACCAAAUCGAGCAACUCAUCAAGGGUUACGCCAAUCUCGUCAACCUCAUCGAACCCAUGAAAUCUUUCCACUGGGGAAAGGAUGUGAGCAUCGAGAACAUGCACCAAGGCUUCACGCAUGUCUUCGAGUCGACGUUUGAGAGCACCGAGGGAGUAGCAGAGUACAUUGGUCAUCCUGCUCACGUCGAAUUCGCGACCCUGUUCCUUUCCCAUGUGGAGAAAGUAGUUGUGAUCGACUACAAGCCGACCAUUGUCCGUACCUGAGUUGACAUCGCAUCGCAAGCUGUGGUGUGAUCGAAUAAUAAGUUUGUUAUGUAUGACAGAACUGAAGUUGGAGUGUGCCGUUGUGUUGGGUAAGGUGAUUGAUAAGGUUCAGACUGCAGAGACUUGCCUUUGCAGAUUACAAGGCUAAAUAUAAUGCUGUACCAUCAUGUGCAAUAUGCUAUAUCUAAAUUCAGAUUUAUGGGGACAAAACUUGGUCUGCCCAGUCAUUGCAGUUUUUCUUUAGGUUGGCAUGGAGUUUUUAGCAAUGUUUACGCCUUGGUUCGGCAUCAAUCGUCGUUUA